AUGACCUCGAAGACCCCCGAGGCAAUAGGAUACACCAGAUACAUAUUACCGACCUGGGACCCUACCACCUUCGACCCUUUUCAGAUGUCGACCAGUGGAAGAGUCCCCUAUGGAAGGGGGAUAUACUCACUCCCCCUAGGCGAGGAAGCUCCACCACCAUCAUACCCCUCAGCGGCCUGGAGAGCACAGGAGGAGAUGCUGGCCCAGGCCAGGUACGAGACCAAGCAGGAGAGGUGGAGAGCCCAGGCGGAACCACCGAAGAAGCCCCAAGAAAAACCGCAGGACCAGCCCCAGAAACCGCCCCAGGAGAAACCCCCCCACAAGCCCCUGACGACACCCCUCCUAGACGACGACGAGGUCGACCCCUGCGACGCCCCCCUACCGCACGCGACAACCCCCUCGACCAACUCCCCAUCGCCACUCGACUCAGACGACGACUUUGAGACGGCCCCCCAGACUCCCAACCGCUCCCUUAAAGACCUCAUCAGCACCCCCGCCCUACUUCCCCUGCAGAUUCGACCAACAGCCUCCACCCGACGCCCAACAACCACACCCCCAACACCCAUGACCACCCAGAGUUCCACACCCACUCCCAUCCAGACCUCGCCUACCCAACGCCGCAGCCCUCUCCCCCCAAGACCUGUCCUCGUCCUACCCCAUUCCCCACGCCGAUCCUCACCUGCCCCGGCCCUGAUGUCCCUCCGCAUCCCUUAG